AUGCCCUUCUACGACUUUUUACAGAACAGUGCUGCAGCAGGAGUCUCUGUCGCCUCCACUGUAGCACUUUUUAAUCCUCUGGACACACUCAAGGUCCGAUGGCAGGUCACGGGAAGUGCCGUUGCUUCAUCGAGCUCUGUGGCUGCUGUGAGCAGCAAAAUAGUUACGACUAGAGCCAAGAAUAUAAGAGAGCAAAACAGUUUGUUCAGUUAAGGCUCCAUAACUAAGAUUAGUCGUAGUGUCUCUAUCUACUAAGAAUAGCUUGGCUUAAGACCCGCAGGAGCACCACUUGUAGAGUACCUACUUGUUGAUGACUAAUCUAAAUUUUUCAAUUUUCCAAGGUUGAUUCUGACAUCAUGGUUGUGUAUCUCUCACAACUAAGAAAGUUUGUGAUCGUUGUGGGAGUGUAAGCUCUACUCUAACCAAGCUCCCACGACCAUGCUCUCUUUCGCGCAACAAAUACUGAAACAGGAGGGCUUUUGGCGAGGCCUCCAUCGUCCAGGUCUCGUGCCAAAUGCAGGUGCCAUGGGACUAGCAAGCGCAACUAGGAUGGGUAUAUGUUAGCAUGUACCGCUCUUGCUAGAUAUAGGUAGAACAAAAAGACGAGGUAUUCGGGUUUUAUGUGAUUGAAUUCAUAUUACCGAGUACUAGGAGAAGAGGUGGUGAAUUUUUAUGUGAAUGAAUUCAUAUUUCCGAGUAUUAGGAGAAGAGCUGGGGAAUUUUUAUGUGAUUGAAUCCAUACUGAGUAGAUGCUAGGCAUCUAUCACGAUUUUUAGUAAAUAUUCAGGCGAAUACAAACCUGGUGAGUUUUAACAAACCUACACUAGGUCUCUACCCUUAUUUUCGGGACGGCCUGGUAGCCCUCGCUGGGGCUGAAGAAAAAAACGCUGGCAUCAUGUUUGUUGGCGGACUGAUCCCUGGUUUUAUCGGCUAUGUGCUUGUUUUUAUGAACGCGACUCUUGUAAUUUGUGAGUCUGGUCGUGUAGAGCUUCACUGCACCAUCGAGAAGUAACCCCCAAAACCGGCCCUGAUUUAUGUAGUGUUAAUCAUUAUCAUUUGAUCUCCGGCUCGUCCUAGUACAAGCAUACAUAGCAUCUCAUCUGGAGCAAGUCUUGAUCAUUAGCAGCAUUUCUAAGGAAGUAUUUUAUAAUUUCCCCAAGAUGAAGCAUUAGACUUUGCCUACCUCGUUUCUUCUACCGUUAAUUUUUCCCCAGUGUACCAAGCCAAGAACCGGAUGCAGGCAGAGGCCGGGCUUUUGGACCCAGCAAGCGGUCUGCUGCUGUCCGGCGCCCGUGCUGGCAAGCCACCCGAAUUAAGGAUUCUAUAACAGCAAUAGAAUUAGCCUUCUCAACAUCAACAAAAUUAGCCCUCUAGUACUACAAGUGCAACCCAAGCGUUUCUGAAUGGACAGAAACAUAGUCAGGCUGAUCAGUCCAAAUAGUGAGAUGCAGCAUCACUCUUACUAAGCGAAUGUUGCUGCGUCUCGCUAUUUGGACUUGAAGUCAUUUCGAAUGACGAGACACGUUGUGGACCAGAGAGGGGCCUCUAACUGAAUAUAGAGAAAAGACGUUGUAUUGUUUACGGUGUAUUGCGGCGGAGGGAAAUUUAUAUAGGGCGUCCGCAGCAAUGGGUUUUCGCGGUGCUGCGCUUACCGCAGGCCAAAUGUUGGUUAUGCUCGACAGCAAAUGAGCUCUAUUUAUUAUUUCUUCCAAAAAUGUCAAAUAAAUAUGCAUGAAGAAGGAGCUUUCACGCUGUGGUGCUUGAGAAUCAGACAUCAUUCAUCUUCUCCACGAUGUUUAUUUCCUGUUCAUCAUUCUUCUGACUUCUGAAAGAAAAAGAAUAGCUCCAAAUAGUCGUGGUAUUUCCACUGUUGUACUACUGUACGAGACGUUCUCAAGACCUCUAAGGAAUGUUAUGACGGGUGCAAGACCUACACGCGACGUAUGGAACCACUCGCUUGCUGGCUUGGACUCCUGAAGGAGGACAAGAAAGUUGCGACGCCUAUGCCAGACACGGAGAACGGUCAUGAUUCGUCUUCUGGUGCGGCACCAAAAAUAUGCUCAGAGACGCCGCUGCUGCACCUACUAGCCUCGUUGGCGGGGGCACUUUUCGCAACGCUCUCGUGUAUGCCUUUCGACAACGUCAUGGUUCGGUAUUAGUCAAAUAAACUAUAAAGUCAUCUGAAAGUUAUUUUAUUUUUCAAAACCUGAUCGUAAUCAUGAUCUUUUGAUUAUCUUCAAGCAGGUACCAAACAAAGCGCGAGAAGUAUUGUGGGAGUGUGUCCGAUUGCGUCCGUACAGUAGCAAAGGAGGAAGGCGUCCGUGGUUUUUACCGUGGGGGAUAUGCUGACAGGAAAAUGAUUACUCAUGAUAUUACUCAAGAUUCUGGCCGGUUGCCCGUUCAGAUAUUCUAGAUAUUUUGCCUAGGUCUCCUUGUGAUGUAAUGCUGACAGACCCAGGCAGAGUCGGUUAAAACUGAGUACUUAAAACUGAGUACUUCUAACAAAAACAAACUGGUUCUUAAAACUUCAAUCUUGAGUACCUAUAGUGAGUAAGGAUUUUCUGCUUUUCAUAUAGAGAGUCCGCUUUUUAUAAGAUUCGCGAUCGUCUUCGGAAUCUACAUGCCAGUUUAUGAGCAAAUUCGAGCGGAGAUUUUUUCUAUGGGCUACUCCAACUGAGUCGUUGCGAACUCUCUGAAUGGGCUACUACGCAAAAGCGUCGAGCAUGAGGAUAACAUCACAUGCACUCAAUCACCAACAACGAACGACGACAACAACUUUCCCCCAACACCGUCCGACACUUCGAAAAAUCGAAGAAGGGAUACUCAGUAGGCCCACGACUCGGUAAGUGACAACGCACAAAAUGGAGCGAUUGAAAAUCUUCUGGGUUUUUCUAGGUAGGCAGCUCCACGUAACAUCAUAACAGUAGGCACUUGCGCACCUCGUCCACGAAACUACAUAUUAUGAAUACUUCAUGAUCUCGUUAUUGAGAAGUAUCAAAUCCAGCAUCCACGACAAGCUAAGAUGAACAAUUUUUUCCCUUGUGUGCCGUGUAGUUCGUAGUUCCGUCAUUUGAGUUGUACGUUUACGUAGCUCUCGAAGAAUAAGGAUUACGAAUUUUGACUUUUUCAGUUUUUGGAGAAAUGUCCGCGGUCGUGGUUGCACAGAUUGCUUUUACAAAACCGUUAAUAUUUGAAUAGCGUGGAUUUUUGUCAUAUUUUUAGCAGAUAGAAAAAGACAUAUCAUCUAUGAAAAGAAAACUUUUACAGACUCCUUCACGGAAGACGGCUUCCAGGCAGUUUCAUGCACACGCCCAAGAACCAGGCUUCGUGUAUAAUAUCAAAACAACUAAAGACGUUGAAAUACAGACCUCCAGAGCAAGUGGAAACGACGUUUCCGAGGAGGAGCAAGAAGAAUCAGAAGGGUACGUAUUCAUUUCAUCAAACAAUAAUAUCACAACGAGUGCG